AUGGCGAAAUCAAGUCAUAUUGCCAUUGCCAGACAGAAACGUUCGAUGCGCGAGGCGCGUCAGUUGAAGGAGAUAAUGGCGAGGCAGAGGACUGGCCUGAUCCCAGGCGAUGGUAUAGUUCCUGGCGACGAAGCACCUGUGCGACCAGUGACUACCACCACCACGCCUAGGCCAAUCCCACCGACGACUACACCUGUCCGGGUGGUCACAACCGCGACUACCACUACUCCCGUCGUACGAGUCACAGUUCGCCCGACGACUUCGCCCGCUGUAGUUGUGCCGCCCGCCAGCACCAGCUCUCCAGUCCCAGUAAGAUCAACGACUCCUACAAGGGGACUGCCGUCCUCUACCUCACUGGUUCCUACUUCACAGGCUGCUACGUCUUCCAAGCCCAAAGCCCGCGCGACAAAUACUGUCCCAAGCGCGAGCAUCUCUGCUUCUGCAUCAGCUUUACCUAGCGAGUCUGGAUCCACCAGCACGGGAGCUCUUGCAGGUGGUGUAAUCGGGGGUAUCGCAUUGCUAGCUCUCCUUUCGUUUGGUAUCGUCUACUACAUGCGCCGAUUCCAGAAAAGAAAGCAGACCAUCGCCUUCGAAGCUUCUUCGUUUAGACGCUCUGCUAUCCUUCUCGACGACUCGAAGUCGGAGACCAAGUCGAAUGGCGGUGCCUCGUCUUCUCCAAUGCAGGAGAAAUAUAUCUCGCACACCGAUCACGCUUUUGCGCCGCAAUUCCAAUUCCCCACGAAUGCCACGAAAGCCAGCGUGUAUGGUGACACUGGCUAUGAUCAACAAGGGUAUCUGCGUGGUCAAGAGAACAAUGUCAGGCUUGACACUGCGCUCCCACCACCACCUGUUGCGACAUCGGCUUCGCCGUGGGGGACAGCUGCUCUUGUCUCGGCAGCAGCAUACGGGAACUCAGCCUAUGGAAUGAACUCCGCUCCAUCGCCAUAUUCGCCAUACUCCCAGAAACAUACUCAGCCGGAUCAACAGCCUCCCCCCUCCCCUAUGUCUGCAAUUUCGUAUCUCCCAAAUCCAUAUGCAGACAACGACCGGGACAACAUGCAGGCCACCCAGACAUUGUCUCGCCAGCCUUCCCCGCCCUCCACCGUCAUGGUACGUGAACGUGAACAGCCACCUCCUUCUCCUGUUUACGGAAUGCACGGUCAAUACGUCGACCUGACGCGCGGCCCCCCGAUUCCUCCUCCCACCAUGAGCAAACCCCCAACGAUCCGUCGGAAAUUCUUUGUCCAAAACCCCACUCCCGAACCCGAGGAAACCCCUUCCCCCUCUCAGCCAUCAUCACAGCCCCGGAAUAACGCACAGCAGGCAGUCGCGACGGACAGGAAACGUCCCGACACUGUGUAUUCCACGAUCUACAACCCUGAAGAUGCGUAUGGCGGAUUUUGA